GUAUUAAAUUUAAAGAAAUAGUCAGUCGGGCAAAGACUACGUGUCUACACUCUUAGUGAAAUAUGAAUGUUUUAUUCAACGUAGUUUUUUUAAUUCUUGUAACAGUUUUUUCUACUACUAAGGGACUAGUUACAGAUAAAGAUUACGCUUCUUUACCAGACCUAUUCCAUCAAGAUAAUUUUGACAAAUGCAUGCUUUUUGGUGAUGAAGCGCUGUACUGCAAUUUUGAAUACGAAUUGGAACCACUAAAUAAUGAAAAUGCCUUGUGGAAAACUAUUCAAGAAUUAUCAAAAGACGACUGCAAUUACAGGCAUGAUAACUUGAGACAUUGGAUAUGCGUUCCAACUUCUUGUCCCAAUGUUACAGAAAAGUUUGAAGAUGGUACUACGCUGACGAAACAAAUAAAUAACUGUUACGAUAACAAAAUGCUUAAGUAUGGAUUUAAAGGAACCGUCAAAAAUUUGACAUGUGACACAAACAAAUCUAAAUUCCCAGUCAACUGGAUAGAUAUAUUAGUUGGCUUCCUCUUCAUUGCCUACAUAAGUUUUGUACUUUUGUGCACAAUUGUAGAUAAUGUAAUACAAAGCUGUUAUGAGAAAGACUACGAAGAUUUUUCUAACACAAGCUAUGGAAGAAUGGUGAUAUCAUUUUCUUUAUACAGAAGCUGGAUAAGACUUACAACUGUCAAAAGUACGCCCGAAGUCGACUAUUUUAGGCCAUUGCAAGGUGUUCGAUUUUACAAUCAAAUUAUUGUUAUUUUGAGUCAUACAACCCUGGCAGGUUUAGUCAGUUCAGUUGCUAAUACGAAGUUCGUAGAAUCGAUGAAUUCAUCUAUUGGUAGCAUUUUUUUAUCAAGUGGGCCGAUGUGUGUUUCCACAAUGUUUUGUUUAUCUUCCACCUUCUUAUCAUAUGGAAUUUUUUCUCAUUUUGAAAAAAGAAAACUUACACUCAAUGUUUUGGUAAUGCUGUUUGUUGAGCGAUAUUUAAGGUUGAUACCGCCAUUAGCAGUAGUCCUACUUUUUAAUGUAACUUGGUGGCGCCACUUAGGAAAUGGUCCAAACUGGAACAGGAUUGUUGGAAAGGAAUAUUUAAAUUGUAGGAAAAAUAUGUGGACUAACUUAUUGUUUGUAAAUAACUUGAUAGAUGCUGAGAAUAUGUGUACACCUACAACAUGGUCUGUAGCACUAGAUACGCAAUAUUUCAUCCUGCUUUUGCUACUGUUAUGGUAUAUAAAAAAACAUGAAAAAUAUAUCUUGCAUAUAGUUGGAAGUUUAUUAUGUACAGGUAUAUUAAUCACAUUCUACAUCAACUAUAUCAACAAGUUGGAAGCUUUUACUAUACCAAGGGCAGAGACUGUGUAUGACAUGAAAAACCUAGGGGGAAAUCCACAUUGGCAAAAACAGUUUAUGUCACUCUCUGGAAACACAUGUGGUCCCCUUCUUGGUGUUAUCUUUGGUUAUAUCAUAUAUAAAACAAGAAAUGUCGAGAUGUUCAAACAAAAGCCAACGUCAACGGAGGAAGAUACCAUAGAUACAACAGACCAGGCAUCUACUAAAGGAGAGGUGGCAAUAGAAAAUGAAAGUGCUGACGACACAGCUGGGACCAGCGUUGACAUUUCCAAUAGUCAAUCAUCUAUAUCAGGCGAUACAAUUAUUAUUAGUACUCAGGAAAUUGAAAGAGUAACAGAAAGAGAACCUAAUAGUAAUAGUGAUUCUGAGAACAGCACUUUCAAAACACCUACAACAUCUAAAAGAACGAAAAAAAGAAAAGGCUCUACUCCUGAGUACAUUGAAAAAAGUAUUAACACUUUGAAAUCAUUGAAAGAUGAUGUACAAAAAAACUUAGUGUGUGAUGAAUUUCAACAUUUUGCCAAUAAUAUAGCAUCUCAACUAAGAGAACUUCCACUUGCUGAUGCCAUAGAUUGCCAAAUAGACCUGAUGCAAGUACUUCGAGAAAGGCGACUUACGGUAAUGCGUCGCAAUCAGCUGCGUAAUGAAGCAUCAGUAUUAAGAGAAAGAAACAUAUUUGAUAAUACUGUAUCCAAUAAUGACCGUUCCAAUAAUAUACAUCACACCAGUCGACCUGCUAUACCAGAAUCAGAACCGAUUGCCGGUCCAUCCUCUGCAUACCAUGAAACAGACAGCAUCAGCCACGACAGUGCGAUGAACGAGUAUGAUAUUACUGACAGUGCUAACAAUGUUUUAAACGAAGCUAUCGAAAGUGAUAGUGGUAGUUUUUAAUCCGAUAUGAUACUUAUAGUGUAUAGUCUAGUUAUAACGUAGAUAGAAAAAGUGUUAUAUGUACAUAAUAGCCAAUGUGAGUAAUGUUCUAUGUAGGUUUAAGAAUAGCUUGUUUUAUGUUUGUAUUGAUAAGAAAUAAAAUAAUAAAUAAAA